AUGAGUACAAUUCUACCACUGUCUUUGAGCAGCGUUGCAUUAGCUGUGUCGCUACUCUCGUGCUCCCAUGCACUGCAGUCGGCUUUUCGCCAAUCGAGAAAUGGUAAGGCGAAGGAUCAGUUUUACCAAGAUGAGGAUGGCUGCGCAUCGCCAAGAUCUCUAGCAGAGUUUACGAAUAGAGGCGUCAAGAGCUUCAUUAUCGCAUUCUCUGCCAUUGGCGCUGGGACUUGUAUUGCAAAUCUCGUGAUAUCCAUACUUCACAAUGAUGGAGUUGAGUCGGUCGUUGAGCCUGCAAUAACUGUUGCUGCUUGGACAUUGGCUUUCAUUCAUGGCAUCUGCGUCUUCUUCCAACACUCAACAGUGGAAGCCCAAAAGCUGGGAGUAUGGCUACUAUUUACUGCCCUAGUCUUGAUAGCAUCGUCAUUGCCUCAUCUUAGGUACUUGUACAUGCACUCUCAGCAACUACCUAUUGUUUCCAUCAUUCUCCCCAUCAUCAGCACAUUUUCCGCUGUCGCAUUAGCUUUCGCAAGCACCUGUCUUCCAAGACGACCAGAAGUCUUCCACAGAAACGUUGCAAUUGAUCGCCAAUGGACUGUUUCUGUCCUGGAGCGCUUGACAUGGACUUGGGUCCAGCCUCUUUUGCGUCAUGCUGCGCAGCGAGAUGAUCUAGACACAGAAGAUGUGCCCAAGGCGGACUCACGAUUGAGAUCCCAGGACCUCAAGAAACGAUGGGAUCAAUUGACACGACAAGACUCACUUUUCCGCUCAAUUGUAGCACUUCAUAAAGGCAGGUUGUUGUUUCUGUGGGCAGUUACUCUGGUCCGUUGUGCUGUGAGCAUUCUUCCAUUCUGGUUCAUGCUCAAGAUCAUCAACGUUCUUGAAGAUGGAACGGCACGAGCGGACAAUAUACAACUGAUGGUGUUUGUUUUACUGAUGGCAUUGUCCAACUUAUUGGACUCGUGGAUGGAAGGAUGGGCGUAUUGGUACUCUCUCGAGAGCCUCGCCUUACCAAUCCGGUCUCAAAUCUCGGGCAUAAUCUUCGGCAAAGUACUACUCCGCAAGAACAUCAGAACCGCAGGUGGCGACGAAUGUGCAUCCGAGACUGACGAGGCCUCUGACGAAGACACACCUUCCCUCAAGUCUCACCAAGCUAUUGUCAACCUUGUAGGUAUCGACACAGAGAGACUCUGUUACUUCUUCCAGUAUCACUUUCUCAUCAUAGCCGGUGUCGUCAAACUCAUCGUCUUUUCCAUUUUCCUCCUUCUCAUUCUAGGAUGGCUUCCCCUCACCGCGGGUAUCAUGGCAUGGGCCCUCACUUUACCUCUCAAUACCUGGUUCUCUGGUAAAGUACUCAUCGAGUCACGAGCAUUGAUGAGACAUCGCGACAUCAAGCUAUCCAAGGUCAGUGAAGUCCUUACUGGCUUGCGUCAAAUCAAAUUCUCAGCUCUGGAAGCGCAAUGGGAGCGAAGAAUCCUUGCCCUACGAAACGCUGAGCUUGCGACUUUGUGGAAGUUCUUCCUCGCUGAUAGUGGCCUUUUCGCAUGCUGGGUCAUCAGCCCGAUUUUGCUUGCUGUUGCAUCGCUGACUACCUACGUCCUUGUUCAUGGUACACUAUUGCCUUCGGUUGCGUUUGUCAGUAUUGGGAUAUUCAAUACCCUUGAGACGACACUUGGUUCUCUGCCAGAGCUGUUUACCCUGGGACUCGACUCUUUGGUCUCAUUGAAGCGAAUCAGCGUUUAUCUAGACGAGCCUGAGAAGCAGACUGAGUUGACGCUGAGCGAUACUAUCAGCUUUCACAAUGCCUCAGUCGCCUGGCCAAGUAACGGAGCCCCGGAAGUCGGCGAUUUCAUACUGUCUGAUCUCCGCCUCUUUUUCCCCAAUCAUGCUCUAUCUGUUGUCUCUGGCAAGGUUGGCACAGGCAAAACAUUGCUACUCUCUGCCAUCUUGGGCGAAGCGGAUCUACUCAGUGGUUCAAUCCACAUUCCCAAGAAACAACAAUUCCAGGGCAGUGAAUGGAUCGUCCCAGGAUCAAUUGCCUAUGUCAGUCAGACUCCAUGGCUCGAGAAUUGCUCUCUUCGCGACAACAUACUUUUCGGGCUGCCGAUGGAUAAGUCAAGAUAUGACAAAGUCCUCGAAGCCUGUGCCCUAUCAGAAGAUCUUAAGUCCCUUCAAGACGGUGACAAUACCGAGAUUGGAUCGAAAGGUGUCAAUCUGAGUGGAGGUCAGAAAUCGCGUGUUACACUUGCGCGCGCUGUGUACUCCCGUGCAGAGAUUCUCCUGAUGGAGGAUAUCUUUAGCGCUGUUGACUCUCAUGUCGGUGCUUGGAUCUACGAUAGAUGUCUUACUGAUGAUAUUUGUCAGGAACGUACUCGGAUCAUCGUUACUCAUCAUUUGAGUCUUGUUAUGCCUGGUGCUAGCUUUGUGGUUGAACUUGGUGACGGAGGAGUGCUGUACUCUGGACCUCCCAAACUCUCAACACACCAGCAACCGGAUGUGCCAAUCACAGGUACUAAAGACGCUGUAGACUUGAUCGAUACCUCUGAUGAUACUCUAAUCUUGAACGGAUCAGAUACUGAGACUUCCAAGUCGGAUGCUGUCCCGAAGAAGUUUAUGCAAGAUGAAACACGUCAAAAAGGCAACGUCAAGAGAAGUAUUUAUCUGGCGUAUAUCAAGGGCAGUGGCGGCUUACUUCCUUGGGCAUUGUGUAUUGGCAUUUAUCUCGCCUACCAAGCGGGAAUUCUUGGGAGAGCCUGGGUUCUUCGCAUCUGGACUGCCAAAUCAAGCACAUCGUCUGAUAACCCCAGCACCCAUCACAUUUCCGGGUCUACGUUCUCGACGACACAGUUGUUCUCCCAUCACUCGAAACAGAUUGCACCAGAUCCCAACGUCAUCUUCUAUCUGAAGAUUUACAUCACUAUUUCUUUAGCCACUGCAGUUGUGGGUAUUCUCAGAUAUCUUUCGUCAUACUUUCUCGCUGUCAGGGCCAGUAGAAGCCUUUUCGAGAAGAUGCUUUUCGCCGUGAUGCAUGCUCCUAUGCGAUGGCUCGACACAGUCCACUCGGGUCGCAUCUUGAAUCGCUUCACGGCUGACUUUAACAUCAUUGACGAGCGUAUCGCCAUGACGUGGAGUCAAUUCGUUUCGCAUCUUCUAAGACUCAUCAGUAUCUGCAUCGCUUCCUGCUUUGCAUCUGCGUACCUCAUUCCACCAGCCGUUUUGCUCUUAGCCAUUGGCGCAGUCACCGGUAACAAAUACUUGGUUGCUAGUCGACCUUUGAAACGUCUUGAAAGCAAUGCCAAGUCUCCCGUGUUUGAGCUCUUCAAUACAACACUUGCCGGUAUCUCGACUAUUCGGGCGUUUCGAAGAACUCAAACGUACCUGGAGCAGAUGCACAAUAACCUGAAUGCUUGGACCAUGACUACGUUUUACAUCGCUUUGGCUAAUCGAUGGAUGAGUUUGCGCAUGGCUCUAAUUACGGCUCUUUUCAGCAUCACCGUCGGUGUUGUAAUUAUUGUCAAGCAAAUUGAUGCAGCCCUCGCUGGCCUGGCACUAUCGUUCAUUCUGGACUUUUCCGACAGUCUUCGUUGGACGAUCCGAUCCUAUGGAGACAUGGAGUUGGAGGUGAACUCGAUGGAGCGAGUGGUAGAGUACAUGAACAUCGAGACAGAAUACCUUGGUGGGUUAAGACCGGCGGCUGCUUGGCCUACCUCUGGUAGUGUCGAAGUGAAGGACCUAGAGGUUGCGUACGCGCUUGAUCUACCGCCAGUGUUAAAAGGUCUUUCGUUCAAGAUCAAGCAUGGUGAACGUGUGGGUGUGGUUGGUCGUACUGGAGCUGGCAAGUCUUCAAUGACUUUGGCCCUUUUCCGGUUUCUGGAAGCGAGAUCUGGGAGUAUUACUAUUGAUGGGGUGGAUAUAUCGAAGCUCAAGUUGACGGACUUGAGAUCAAGCAUGUCUAUCAUUCCACAGCAUCCUGUCUUGUUCUCCGGAACUGUCCGCUCGAACCUGGAUCCGUUCGGUGAAUACACAGAUGUGCAACUCUACGAAGCUCUCACGAGAGUUCAUCUCAUCGGUCAAGACGAUACUCCUGAAAACAGCAUGUUCAAUGAUCUAUCAAGCCUGAUCUCCGAGUCCGGCAGUAACCUCUCACAAGGCCAACAGCAACUCCUCUGCAUCGCCUGUGCUCUCCUCGCUGAUUCGAAAGUCAUCGUUCUAGAUGAAGCGACAUCGGCUAUUGACAUUGCCACCGAUGUACUAAUACAAAAGAGUAUCCGCGAUUGGUUUACUGACAGGACAAUGAUUGUUAUUGCGCAUCGAUUGAGCACCGUUGCCGAUUUUGACAAGGUUCUUGUACUUGAUGGAGGGCGAAUGGUGGAGUUCGGUACGCCGCGGGAAUUGUGGGAGAAGGAUGGUGUGUUUCGCGGGAUGUGCAAACGAACGGGAAGUAAUGAGGAAGAUAACUUGAGGCAGGUUAUCAUGGGAUGA